GCAGGGGCAGACUCCAUGAGUCAUGUGUCAGGCCUGGAGUCGUGGAGGGAAGCACCGCCUCUCCUUGGGCCCCUUCUCUCCCCUUUUCCCCUCGUCGGCUCCCGGUCUUGCCAGAUGCUGCGCUACAAUCACCGGUUCCCCAUCACCAGUUCCGUUGGGUAAGGGCCCCGCAAGGCCGCAGACAAGAUGAACAUUCUGGCGCCCGUGCGGAGGGACCGCGUCCUGGCGGAGCUGCCCCAGUGCCUGAAGAAGGAGGCCGCUUUGCACGUGCGCAAAGACUUCCACCCCCGGGUCACUUGCGCCUGCCAGGAGCACCGGACAGGCACCGUGGGAUUUAAAAUAUCCAAGGUCAUCGUUGUGGGGGACCUAUCUGUGGGGAAGACCUGUCUUAUUAAUAGGUUCUGCAAAGACACCUUCGAUAAGAAUUACAAGGCUACCAUCGGAGUGGAUUUUGAGAUGGAACGAUUUGAAGUCUUGGGUGUCCCCUUCAGUCUCCAACUUUGGGACACUGCUGGUCAGGAGAGGUUCAAGUGCAUCGCUUCCACCUACUACAGAGGAGCACAAGCCAUCAUCAUCGUCUUCAACCUGAAUGACGUGGCAUCCCUGGAACACACCAAGCAGUGGCUCGCUGAUGCCCUCAAGGAGAAUGACCCUUCCAACGUGCUUCUCUUCCUUGUGGGGUCCAAGAAGGAUCUGAGUACUCCUGCUCAGUAUUCCCUAAUGGAGAAGGAUGCCCUCAAGGUGGCCCAAGAGAUUAAGGCUGAGUAUUGGGCAGUGUCCUCCCUCACAGGUGAGAACGUCCGGGAAUUCUUCUUCCGUGUGGCAGCGCUAACCUUUGAGGCCAAUGUCCUGGCUGAACUGGAGAAAUCGGGAUCUCGGCACAUUGGGGAUGUUGUUCGCAUCAACAGCGAUGACAAAAACCUGUACCUAACUGCCAGCAAGAAAAAGGCCACAUGUUGUCCCUGAGCACUGAGGAUGGUCCAGAGACUUCACAUUCCCGGGGUUACCGUGCCACCCCCAACGGCUCCAGAACUCAACCCCUGGGUAUUUGCACUGACUUUCCCCAGACCAAAGAGCUCCCGGUUGAUGUCAGUGCCCCCCAGAGGGUAGCUGGGACCAUGCUAGUCAUUUCCUGCCCCCAGGCACCAUGCCAAAGACUGGAUGACCCUUUAUUCCUCUGGGGCUCUCCAGGGUGCCUGAUUUGGGGGGGAGGGUGUCAGUGUUCUCGCUGCUUUUGCUCAGCCUGCUGGGCCUUUUAUGUAUGAAGAUGCUUACUGAUUCCAGCCUUAUACUGUGCCUUAUGCAUUAAAAUCCGUUAUUAGCAUUU